GAUGGCGGCUCAAGGGCUGUAGUUGCAGACACGCCCCCUGUGAGUCAGAGGGUUUUAGGAGCGCUACUGUAAUGACAGCUCAAAGCUGUCCACGUCAACACUGUGCUACCACCAUGGACUCCGCGGCUCUGGAACCCUCGCUCUACACUGUGAAAGCGGUCUUCAUCUUAGACAACGAUGGAAACAGACUGCUUUCAAAGUACUAUGAUCCAGAGCUCUAUCCCUCAAUGAAAGAGCAGAAGAAUUUUGAAAAGAAUGUAUUCAACAAAACACAUAAAGCCGACAAUGAAAUUGCCUUCUUGGAGGGAAUGACGAUAGUCUACAAGAGCAGCAUAGACUUGUUCUUCUAUGUAGUCGGCAGCGCUCAGGAGAAUGAGCUCAUGCUGAUGGCGGUGUUGAACUGCUUGUUUGAGACUCUCAGUCAGAUGUUGAGGAAGAAUGUGGAGAAAAGGACUCUGCUGGAUAAUAUGGACGGAGUGUUCCUGGUGGUGGAUGAAAUCAUCGACGGAGGGGUGAUCCUGGAGAGUGACCCCCAGCAGGUCAUUGAAAUCAACUACAGGGCAGAUGACAGCCCAUUAUCAGAACAGAGCGUGGCACAGCACAUCACUGAAAAACUGGCUCUCACUUCUAAUGUGUUACAGUCAGCAAAGGAGCAGAUCAAGUGGUCAAUUCUGAAAUAAUAUUUUCCAUCACCUCUGAAGGAAUCUGUAAAUUAUUGCAAGGGAAUUUCGUUUUUUUACUUUAAUGAGUUGUAAUUUAAUUAAUUAAUGGAGUAGUGUACAUGGGUAGUUGCAUCUCAUAUUUAGUGAUGAUAUAUUUAUAUAUUUUUUAAAGAGUAAAUUAGGUCAUUUGUGUUUGGUUUUUUUUUUGUUAAUGAUAUAAAAAGGCAUAUUUGCUCACUGGGCUCUGUACCAAAUAUCAACCAAUACAUACCUAUGUCAAAAGCAGCUUUAAAGGAAUUGCAAUUAAUUUUAGCCUCUACAAAUAUUGAUAUAUUCCUGUUCUGUUGAAAGGAGGUACGGCUAUUUUUUCUUUUAACAAAGACUCUCAUUUAAAUGGUCACAUCAGAAAUGUUUUGUCUAAACUUGUCUUUUAUCAGUUUUGGUAUUUUUGUUUUGCUUUACAAAAAAAUGUUGUCAAAAAAUAAUUAACAAAGUUCUGUUACACUAGGCCAAUAUAUAAAUAUUUUGCUAUAUAUGUGUUUUUUUUUAAUGAGGGAAGGGCAAUAUUGUGCAAUUGAUAUGAGUAGGUUACAGGCACUAAGAUUAUAAUAUAGUCCACUACAACAAUAAUAAGUGUCUGAAAAGCCACAACUAUAGGUUAGAUGUAUGAAAAGUAGCAUUAAAAAAGUUUAAAAAUAAUUUAUUUUGUUUUAGGUAUGCUAUACAAAAUUAACAUUUCCAUACAUUUGAUUUUCUAAUAAAAUAAACUGUGUAGUGUGUUGUUUAAGUUUUAAAAACCAUGGUUCAGGAAAUACUUGCGCACAAAAAUGUCACUUAAAACUAAUAAAUGUUCUUUUUUUUGUA